CACCAACAUGAUCCUGAUAAUGUGCACCCUGGUGGCUCUUGUGGGGGCAGCGAAACUCCCAUCUGCGUCUUAUGGGACACCAAGCAGAGUAAGUGGAGGGUCACCAGGGGUGUCUGGAGGAAGCUUGGGGAGUUCCUCUGAUAGUGGCUCGGCAGGCGGUUUUAGCGGAAGCUCAGCUGGUACAGGCUUCGGAGCUUCAACGGCCGUUGAAGGCUUUGGAGGUUCAACUGGUACAGGCUUCGGAGGUUCAGCUGGUGGAGGCUUUGGAAGCUCUGCUGGUGCAGGCUUUGAUGGAGCUGGUAGUGGAAGAUCUCCUAGUGGAAGUUACAGCCCUUCAGGUCCUGUAGUCCCCAUCUUAACUGACGAACGUCAGGGACCUGAUCAGGCCGGCAACUAUAACUUCAAUUUCGAGACUGGUGAUGGCAUCAGUCGUCAGGAGCAAGGCGCCCCCCAGGGCCCAACCGGCGCUGUAGCAGCUCAGGGAGGAUGGUCAUUUACUUUCCCCGAUGGAACUCCCGCUGUUUUCAAGUUCGUAGCAGAUGAAGGUGGUUACCGCGUGGAGUCUGACCUGGUGCCCACGCCCCAUCCUCUUCCCGCCCACGCUAUCGCCCAGAUCGAGAAGGCUCGUCAGGAAGACGCUGCUGCAGCUGCUGCAGGUGGACGGGGGUCAUACGAUGCUUCAGGCUCUGCCUCUCAGUUUACUGGAGCACCUGCUGGCGGCUUUGGUGGUUCACCUGCUGGUAACUUUGGUGGUUCACCUGCUGGACGGUUCGGAAGUACAUCUGGAGACUUUGGAGGUUCCACUGGGCCAGGAUUUGGAAGCUCAACUGGUGGCUUCGGAACUUCUACUGGAGGCUCUACUGGUGGAGCUUUCAGUGAAACUCCUGGUGGAGGCUUGGCUGCUGGAACCUCUGCUGUGGUUCCCAGCAGAACCUACGGAGCCCCCUGAGUAUCACCACUUGUACUUGACUCCCUAGUCCCACUACUGUCACGUCAGUCAAGCUCAUGUUGCCACACGGACUCUGUUUAUUUUAUGUCAAAAAUUUUACGCUUUUUAAUGUUACUGUUAAAUAUAUGAUCCAUGUAAAAUAUUUUGAUUUGUUUACCUAAUUAUUUAUAAUUUAAGUGUAUAAAAUAUAUUUAAGUUGAA